AAUAAUGUCCUGCAUAGGCCAAGUGAGUGUCCUGAUGAGAUGCGCAUAGAGGCUGCAGCCUGGGCCAUUCCUCCGUGGUGCGUAAAGCUCUCUGGGUGUCUGCUGCGGGCUGGAUGUCCCUUCACGGGCUGGAUGUCCCUUCACAUGUCGGAUUUAGUGGAUCAGCCGGAUUGUCCGAAAAGCUGGUGCAGCAACUUUUCCCUGCAUAUUUCCCCCCCCAGCAGAAUAUGUCGUUGACCAACACAAAGACGGGCUUUUCUGUAAAGGACAUUUUGGACCUUCCUGACACAAAUGACGAAGAGGGAUCUAUCACCGGAGCGGAGGAAGACACGGAGGGAUCGGAGACCACGUCCACGACGAAAAACACUGGAGUUUUGGUGCAAAGUCCACUAGAAAACGUUCAAAAUCUGCCUUUAAAGAACCCAUUUUAUGACAGUAGUGACAAUCCUUACACACGAUGGCUUGCUACUACGGACAGUAUUCAAUAUUCAUUGUUUCUCCCGUUUCUUGCCGCAGUGCACGGUCUAUCCGCCAGCUCUCAGGACUCGGCCAAGUCCCCGGAGCCGUCCGCAGACGACGAAUCGCCGGACAACGACAAGGAAACUUCCAGCAGCGGCGGCAGCGACUCCGGCAAGAAGCGGAAAAGGAGGGUGUUGUUUUCCAAGGCGCAGACCUACGAGCUGGAGCGCCGCUUCAGGCAGCAGAGGUACCUGUCCGCCCCGGAGAGAGAGCACCUGGCCAGCCUGAUCCGCCUCACCCCGACCCAGGUGAAGAUCUGGUUCCAGAACCACCGGUAUAAGAUGAAGAGAGCCCGGGCCGAGAAAGAGGAUGAACAUGAGGUGCUUGAGAUGCCAGCACUGCAAAUGGAUCCUGGGGCUUUGAGCCUGACGGCGACCGUCCGUCAUCUGUUUCAGGCAUGCUUCAAUCAGCACGCGUGAUGAUCAAAGAGCAACAAUAUGGCCACAAUGUGUUUUACCAAUUCAAGUUGCCUAAUUAACUUCCUGUUUAAAGAGGAUGUAAAAUAUGUGUAGCAACUUGUGCCUAUCAUGUGUUUGUGCACUUGUGUCCUGUGGUGAAUUUAUAAUGUGUUUCAGAGAUAACUGUACUGGAUGUAAAAUAAAUAAAAAAGCCUCUCUGUGACGUUUCUUUUUUUUAUUUUUUUUUAUGUCGACUUGCUUUGCUGAAUAGAUCCAUGAAUAGAUACAGUAUUUCAAUAUAACCGAUCAAUGCACUGUCUGCCUUUAUUGUAUCGUGUAUCAGUCUUUAUGGUCCCUUCAGUCUUUAUGGUCUUUGUGAUGCAUGAGACUGAAGCAAUAACCUUCAACUUGUUUAUCUUCUACUGUCACAGUCAGAUGCCGUCUGCUGACCAGGUUUUCAUCCACACAAAGGCAGUGUAGUCACACAAACAACCUCCAAUCAGCCCACUGCCCAUUGAGUUUGUUUACUAUUGCUAUCCCAAAGGAUGAAAU